AAUCCCAGCACCGAAGAGGGGCUAUAUCCCGCGGCUCCCCGGGCUUCCGGCGUCUCCCUAGGGCACGUUCGUCGUGCCCUUGCCCCGCCCUCGGGGAGCUGAGCUCCGGCAGGCACCUCCUUGGGACCCAGCCGGGGGGCGGGAAGGCUGGGAUGAGCUGCCCCGCUCUGUCCUAGCCGUGAUCUCUGGUAACGGGGCUGUCCUCUUCCCUCCGCAUUCGCCCGCCGUCCCCUCUGAGGCCCCGAUUGCGACGGGCGGCGGGCGCCUGCCCGGCGGAGGUGUGGGCAUCGGCUGCGCACUCAGGGCCUGCCCGGGUCCCAUGGCGGCGGUGGCGCUGGUGGAUCUGGCGCGGGACUGGGGGACCUUUGAGGACGUGGCCAUAUACUUCUUCCAGGAGGAGUGGGAGCUCCUUGAUGAAACUCAGAGGUGCCUGUACCACAAUGUGAUGCUGGAAACCCUGGCACUUGUGGCCUCAAUGGGUUGCUGGUGCGGAGUGGAGGAAGCCCCUCUUGAACAGGGUGUUUCUGUAGAAGGAGCGUACCAUUUCAGGACCCCUAAGGCAUAUCCUUCCACCCUGAAGGCCAACAUCUGUGACAUGUGUGGCUUGGUCUCAAAGACAUUACACUUGGCUAAGUGUCAGGGAAAUCACCCUACGCAGAAACCAGACAAGUGUGAGGCAUGUGGGAGAGGCUUCUGGCUCAGAAUAAGCUCUCACCAGUGCCAGCAGGAGCCCAGUAGAGAAAAACGCUUCACAGGCAGCAAACGUGCUAAGGAUGUCCUGGACGGCCUCGACCUCCUGCAGCACCGGGCCACCCACAGGAUGGGGAAGCCACACGGGCACCAGGCACAAGGAGGCCUUCUAGCUGCCAGCAGCAGCAGAGAGGCCAUACCACACAGAAGUCCUUCAAGUGCAGCAGCUGUGGGAACAGCUUUCUGAAGGCUCUCAUGCUCCUAGACCACCUGCUCACUCAUUCCAGAGAGACCCUGCAGAUGCCCAGCACGGGGAAAUGCCCCUGAAGAGCAUGCCACCACUGUUCAUUACCCGAAAACGCCACUGGAGAGACACCCUGUGUGUGUAAGGAAUGUGGGAAGGCCUUCAGCCACCUUUUGAAACUGAGGACACAUGAGAAAGUUCCUACUGGAAAAGUGUAUCACGGUUGCAGUGAGUGUGGGAUAGCCUUCACCCAGAAGUACACACUCACUCGGCAGUGGAGAGUCCACUGAAGAAUGGCCUUAUGCCUAUGGCCACUGUGGGAAGACCUUCACUUGCAGCUUCAGUGUCGCUCGCCAUCAGGAAGUUACGACAAAGAAAGGCCUUGUAAGUGCAGACCGUGCCAGAGAGUCUACAGCUGCAUCGCCAGUUUUGUGGAGCACCAGAAAAUACAUACUGGGGCAAGACUUUGUACAUGCAGUGAAUGCGGGAAAGUCUUCAUUAGCAGUUCUCAUCUUCACUGGCAUCAGAAAGUUCACAACAGGGGCGUCUGGGUGGCUCAGUGGGUUAAAGCCUCUGCCUUCAACUCGAGUCAUGAUCCCAGGGUCCUGGGAUCCAGCCUCACAUCAGGCUCUCCACUCAGCAGGGAGCCUGCUUCCCCCUUUCUCUGCCUGCCUCUCUGCCUACUUGUGAUCUCUGUCAAACAGUGUGGGAAAGCCUUCAGCUGGCCCUCUAAUCUUGUUGCACACCAGCGAAUCCAUACUGGAGAAAAGCCUUAUGAGUGUGAAAAAGCCUUCAGCUAUAGCUCCAACCUUGUUACAUACCAGAUAGUUCACACUGGAAAGAGGCCUUACAAGUGCAGCCAACGUGGGAGAGCCUUCAGUACAAGAUCCAACCUCAGUCGGCACCAGAGAGUUCACAUUGAAGAAAAGUCUUAUGCGUGUACUGAGUGUGGAAAAGCUUUCCGCUAUAGGUCAAACCUCUCUCAGCACCAGAAAGGUCACCGGAAAAGAGCCAUCUGAGUGCAGUGGACAUAGGAAUGCCUUCAGCCAGAGCCCCAGCCUCACUCAGCACCACAAAGUUCAUACCAAAGAAAAGUCUAAGGAGUGUGUCAAAUGUG